AUGAAUGAUGAAAAUGGCCGGUUUAACAGCGAUGAGGCUCAAGAUGGGGAGAGGAAUUAUACGGAGGAGCAUAUACAAUUGAUUAGACAGAUUAAAACUAAGAAGGACUACUAUGCAGUUCUAGGUGUGGAGAAGAGUUGUUCUGUGGAAGAUAUUAGGAAGGCAUACCGCAAGUUAUCCCUGAAAGUCCAUCCAGAUAAAAACAAGGCUCCAGCAUCUGAGGAAGCAUUUAAGAAAGUCAGCAAAGCAUUCAAGUGUUUGAGUGACGAUGAUUCCAGGAGGCAGUAUGAUCAUACUGGUUUAGUCGAUGAAUUUGAGCAUAAUCAGCAGUAUAAUGUUAGUCGGAGGCGGAGGAGAACUGAGAAUGACUUGUUCGCUGACGAAUUUGAUCCUGAUGAGAUAUUCAGGGCAUUCUUUGGUCAGCAUGAUGUGUUCAGGAAUUCUCACGUUUACAGGACUAGAACUGCCAAUGCUGGGGGUCAUCAGAGAGAAGAUUUGGGUAGUAAUGGACAUAAUCUGAUGUUGCUUCUUCAGUUGCUGCCAUUUUUGAUAAUCAUCUUGCUUGCUUAUCUUCAUUUCUCGGAGCCUGAGUAUUCUUUGCAGAGAAACUAUUCCUACCAGUUUAAGAAGACAACAGAGAAACAUGGGCUGGAGUUUUUUGUGAAAUCACCAGAAUUUGAUAAAAAUUAUCCGCAUGGAAGCCCUGGUCGAGAUGUCAUUGAAAAUAAUAAAGUUUUCGCGCAUGAAGUUCUGGGACUCCUUAUCACUCCAUUGAAUCCCACAAAUCAUGCCGAGUUGCUGGGUUGUGCAAGUGCCUGGGUUGAAGGCACAGUUUGGUUCGAAAGUUGCUAA